CAAUUCCCGCCAAACGAGAGAGAGAGAGAGAGAUGGACUACAGUCUAGCGGCUCUGAAGCUUCUAUGCGUGCAGUUAAAGAUCGCCAAAGAAACGCCAUCGCAGUCCUCAUACUCCCUUGACGGCAUUCUUUUUCAGCGCGUUUGGUUGCAGGGCAUUAUUGUUUCUUCCUUCGACGACGGCAAUUUACUCAUCGACGAUGGCACCGGUCUUAUCAACCUAGCUCUCUCCGGCAACUUCCGCACCAUCAAAUGGGACAUAGGUAUGUAUGUGAUGGCUGUUGGAGCAUAUUUUAUUUGUGAAGAUGAGCUCCCCAUGAUCAAGAUUCAUAAAAUGGUUGAUCUUUCCCCAUACCCUGAUCGUGAAUCAAUCUGGUAUCUUGAAGUCAUGGAAGCUCACAAACUUUUCUACCAAGCUUUUCUUGAAGAAGAAGAACAAGAACAAGAUCUAGAGAUGGACUGUUGAUCUCCCCUGAUAGAUAUCAGGUUCAUAAAAUAUGACUUAACCCAAUCAAAUCUUGUGUUUUCUUUGCAUAUCUGAAAUUAUAUGUAAGUCUAGAUUGAUUGCUUAUAAAGAAAUAUUUGGUCAAAAUUUGAAGGUGCAAGAGAAGGAAUAGUAAUAGCAACUGUUAUAGUAGAAACCCUUGAUUUGGU